CGAAAACCACCAGGAACCACCCGAGUAGAACACUGGCAACAACGCCGCGAAAGCACUAUCAACAUCACGCCUAUGACUUGUGUGUUGUAAUGUAAUUUAUUUCCUGUGAGCUUUUCCACUAAAUCUUUAUGUCUGGACGGAAAGGGAUCUGAAAAAUGGUUGAGGCUAUUGUGGAGUUCAACUACAAGGCCGAGCAGCCGGACGAGCUUACCCUGAACAAGGGUGACAUCAUCCAGAACAUCGUUCAACAGGAGGGCGGCUGGUGGUCCGGAAUGCUCAACGGCCGCAAAGGGGUCUUUCCAGACAACUUCGUCAGGGUGCUGGAGAAAAAGGACCGGCGGAAAUGCAUCGUCCUCUUCAACUACAACCCCGCCAACUCGGACGAACUCGAGUUGCUGGUCGACCAGGAAAUCGAGAUCUUGGACGAGGUCGAAGAGGGAUGGUGGAAAGGAAAGCUCGGAGAAAAGGUCGGGGUUUUUCCUUCGAACUUUGUCAAAGUGCUUCCUGAGCCAAAGAAGAUUGAUUCUCCACCCAAAUUGGAAGCCAAGAAGGAGAACAUGGAAAAGAAAAAGUCGCCAAUCCUGAGUCAAAAAGCACCCAGUAAGAUUUUAGUGAUGGAGACGUGCCGCGCGACGUUCACGUACAAAGCAGUAAACAACGACGAGCUUAAUCUGGAAGUGGGUGACAUUAUCACCAUUCUCAGCAAAGACACGCUUGAAAAAGGCUGGUGGAAGGGCGAACUGAAAGGCAAAGUGGGUGUGUUUCCUGACAACUUCGUCGAGCUCAUCAAAAGCGACUCGUCCUCCCUUCGGAAAAAGAUUUCCGACACCAAAAAACCAGCUCCGGAGCCCACUAUUGAAGAUAAGUCUUCAGCACUGUCCAAAACGCCGCCGUUGCUGCCCAAAAAGCCCAAGGCUCCGCCACCCCAAGACGCACAAUCUAUUUCCAACGAGCUGAAGAAGACCGACAACAAAGCUCCCGCACCCGAACCCAAACAAACCAUUCCAGAACCGAAAAUCAUUCCUCCCUUUGAGCACAAAUUCACGCCUCCAGCCGCAGUCGAAAGCAAAAUUCCCGUCAUUGAAAAGUCCCGGGCUUCGAAUGACUUCGACAGUGUCCAGAGAGGCGACCUCCUUCAGCAGCCGGAGAGACCAAAGGCCCCCAAGCGAAGGCCGCCCUCCACCGUGCUGAAGCAGAACGGCCACGGAGACUCCAACGAUGAUGAAGCGGAAGACGACGCUGUCGAUGAAGUCAAACCUGUUCCGGACAUGGAGCUGAAGCCCCAGAAGCUGGAUUUAAAGAAGGCGCCUUUCAUGCAGGAGCUCAAGGGGGCGGUCAGUCAGGUGAAGAAACCUCCUCCUGCCAAGCCUCGUCCUGCUUCAUUCGGUCUGGCGUUGUCUGCACCGGCGCCACCAACCAGUCCUCGCAAGUCACCACUGGCCGAAGAGUUGAAAAUUCCGGACAAGCCGGUUGCUGAGAAGCGAUCGCCUGUCGUCGAAAACAUUCCUAAGCCAGAAAUCCCCAAGCCCGAACCCGUCAAAUUUGAAGCUCCUAAAGCAGAAGUCCCGAAGGCUGAAGCGCCCAAGAUUGCCGAUUUAAAAAAAGUGAGCCUAAAGCCGUUGUCGUUGGAGGAACGAGUCAAGGAGUUGGAAGAGACUGUGAAGAAGCUGGCCGCAGCCCUGCGCGAUGAAACGAGAAACCGACUGAGGCUAGAGGAGGAGGUUGAGCGACUUUCCAGUCGCGUGGUGCAAAUUUAAACUAAGAUAUAUCUUAUAAUCGAUUUUUUUUAACAAUGAAUUAUUAUUUGCUCUUUUGCAUUUUUUUAAACGAAAAACUUAAAAGAGAGGAAACUUGAAUACGCCGAUCUCCCUAUAAUGGCUUGCAACAUGGAAGGCUGUAAAUAAAAAAAGAGUGUCAUGUAAUUUCAUAUUUUUAAUUGCACAUUCCAAGUAAACCAGUAUUUAAAGUGAGCAAUAAUACUUUAAAUUUAAUGUCUUUUAUUAUAUGAAAAUUUCCAAUUUGGACUUAAAAAGAAAAACUUUAAUUAGAAUAAAAAUUUAUUCUG